UGGGUAGGCAUUCCCGUUCAGCUCUGCCCCCUGCUGCACUACCCUACCAAGAUGAAGGGCUCCUUGGCCUCCCUCCUCAUCCUCCUCACCAUCCUCACCACAGCCUUUGCUUUCUACAUCCGGCCGAGAAUGCCCGAGUCAAUAAAACCUGUUCCCAACUGCUGCCAUAAGUACUAUGAGAAAGAGCUGCCGAAGAGACGGGUGUCGGGGUACAAAGAGGCCCUCAACUGCCACCUGCCAGCAAUCAUCUUUGUCACCAAGAAGAAUGUAGAAGUCUGUGCCAACCCUAAGGAGGAAUGGGUCAAAGAGUACAUCAAGGAUCCCAAAAUUCCUUUGCUGCCUCUCAAGAAUUGAGCCUACUCUACAGUUAUCAGAGGAGUGGUUCAGCCCCAGCUCCUCUGUUCUUGAUGAUUAUGCUUCUGUGAAAGCCUGGGUUUGGGGGAAGAAGGCGGAAGCCUGUGAGAAUGCAGCCAUGCAACCUCACAGUCAGGGGCAGGGGAGCUGACCGGUGUCCAAAAUAAAGAGCAGUACUUUGAGAUG